AUGGCCAUUGCUUCAUCCGACUACCAAAGCUGGCAAGCAAUAGUGAGGAUGAUUCAGGAGGCAGCAAAGAAAGUGAAACAAACACACUGCUAUUCGCAAAAGGAUUUUGAUAUUGUUUGCCUGAUUGAUAUCAUUGGUGGACCCAAACUUGGAAAACUGAUGCCCAGUGUUGGACCCGUCAAGGACACAGAAAUCAAUCACAACAUCUCAGAGUUCUUUGGGAAGCUUUCCCCCCGCCCCAGGCAUGGUCACAAUCUCCAAUUGGAUGAACUUGCCAUCAAUGAGGGGGCAUACUACAAUAAAUCUUGCAAUGCCAUUGGGGGACUUUGCCAUGAUCAUUCAGAGCUGCUUGACCUGAAAAUUGUCGACCACAACUCUGUCCUCCAUGCCUCAGAAGCCAUCCACGGCAAACAUUUGUCUCCAACGCGCAAGGCAGCUAAUUUCAUUCAGCGGAUGUUGGAUUGCUGGUGUCAUCAUGCUGCUGGAGAGGCUUGUUUUAGUCCUAUCCGGUGCUUCUCCACAGACGGAGAUGCAAUGUGGAGAUUAGCGUGCUACUCGCUUUUCAUGAAAAGGGACCUCGACCCCUCGAGUGAAAUAUAUGAGAGCCUUUCCCAGCUGUCAGGGUUGAAUUUGAGGGUUGGUGAUCACGACGUCAUGAUGGAUUUUGAUCCCAAGCACCUGAUUAAAUGUCAUGCUACACUAUUGCAGUCCCCUCAAGGGAUCUUGGUUUUUGACAUACUCAUCACAUGUGAGAUUCUGGCUCAGCAUUUCUUGUGCCUGGGGCAUCUAUCCACGAAGGAGAUUAAUGAUCUCCUUGCUCAGGGUGAUGGACAAAAUGUUCCCCAUGCCAUGAAGCUUCUCUGCAGUGUCGCUAUGCUUCAGGCACUCAACUCCACGUCCUCACAGUAUAAUCCCACGAACCAGAAAAUUCAUGCUGCACUUCGAGUUCUUGCUGUCCUUUGUGAAUCCCUUGUCGAGCCAUUCUUUAAUUGCGAGAUGUCUCUGAAGCAACAACUCAAGUGUCUCACAACAUAUGCACACCUUAGCUUUCUUCUCUAUCGGAAUAACGGCACCUCAUUCAUGUCUAAUCAACUCUAUGGCGACACUCAGGCCACUGUCAAGAAUGUCAUGUUUCUUGUCGUGAAGGUGCAGAUCCUCGAUGACACCCAGCCAUUUUACCUCAUUCAAGAUGGUGAUGACAGGCUUGAGGGAAGCUUUGGCCAUGUACGAACCGAUGACCACGAUCCAAAUAUGGGCAUUCAGGGGCUGUAUGAGAAGCUAGGAUCUGCAGCUGACAACUCUGACAUCUUCGAGCAUCAUGCAGAUUGGGACAGAGGUAAUUGGAGACUUGGUAAUGGAAAACUAGGUGCUGACCACAUGAAUCCUGCAUCGUGGAAGGGUGAUGUGGUUUCUGGAGGUGUCUCUCUGCAGAUGGAGUGGAUUCGAGGCACUGGUGCUGUCACGGUGGUCCUUGAAAGCCUUGGUCGAGACGUGCCAGACUGGACAAAGCUAUUCUACAGUGGAACUGUUGAUCUGAUGAAGCCGAUGGGAGAUGGGAAGUAUCCUGGAGUGUCGCAGGAUCCUGACCACACUACUGUCAAUGUGCCAAUCACAGAACAAUGUCUUGCAGCUACUGCAGGUGAUGUUGCUGAAGCUUGGUCAAUUGAUGGUUUGGACACGGACACCCAACAUGAAACACUCAACGCCGAUGAGACAGAUGGGUUGGUUUUCGCAACGGACACCUUAACCGCUGGUGAUCAUCCAAUAGAUGUACCUGCAAUAACCCUGCGAGAUCUCAUUCCUGAGCCUAAUGAACAAGAGAAUGAGCAGCAUGAUUGGCUUCUCUUUGAAGGGAAGAAGGUUCACAAAGCUUCUGUCAUACGGUGCCUCUUUUCAUCCAAUAAGGCAAAGAAGUCCAGAGAAUGCCUCCUUCGUGUCCAUGGAUAUACACGCAAGUUCUCCCCCAAAAGCAGCCUUAACUGCGAUGAUCUCAUGGGGGAUCACUUUCUUGUUGGUGACCUCGCAGCUAUCAUCAUCCGCUGUGACCAGGUUGCCUCAAUUGAGCAGGACUUGCAGAGAGUAACUGCCAUCAAAGAGGAGAGUCUUCACUUGUCGACAACUAACCCUGUACCCUCUGUACUAUAUAAACCCUGGCUAGGUGACGCUGAUUCUUCAGCUUAA